AUUUCAGAUUCGGACCAUUCCGUCAUCCUCAAAGAAAUCAAAGUACCUCUGUGGAACCAACAGGCGUGUGAAGAAGCUCUAAAAACUCAAUUCGGGGCCAAUUACUCUUUGCCGAUAACAACACUUUGUGCGGGUGCUGAAGGCAAUGAUGCGUGUGACGGAGAUGGCGGAGGUCCAUUGGUGUGCGAAAAAGACGGGCAUUGGUACCAGGUCGGUGUGGUGUCCUUCGGGAUCGGAUGUGGGCGCAGAAACGUACCCGGGGUUUACACCAGAGUGGCGGCUUAUGCAGCCUGGAUAAAAGACUCCAUCAACGUCUUCUCUUCACACCUCAGACCAUCUCUGGCAAUUCAUCCUUGAAUUGUAAAACAAAUUACUCCAUGUUCACCC